UGAAAUAUCUAGCGGUUGCCAUAAUUAAAAAAAAGUAUUUUCUAAAUUUAAAGGCAAUUUUUUCUGCAUAAAACCUUUAUUUUGAAACACUCAAACCGGAUGCGUUUCUCCACCAUUGCUAACUUUCUGUACAGCUACCAAAAAAUGGUUGAAUUCGGUGAACUAUCGUUGCCUUUUAUAUGAAAUUGGCCUUUUCAGACAGACAGCAACAGACUAAACAAUGCGGGCCGGAACAAGGCUAACGAAGCGCGCGGCGGACGCUCGGUAGUCAGCGCGACCUCGGCUGUUAGCGUAGCUAACUGUCUGGCUGAGGCAGAUGGGAUACUCGGUGAAAUUGGGUAAAAUGCGGAAGACUGCGGAUCAACAGACCGACUCAGAGAUGCUAGACAGCUACAGCCAGCAGCCUGCUAACUGUUUCAACAUGCAGAUAAACGCGGAACGAUUCAGCAGGUAAACAAACGCAGCUGUCAGCUGUGUUUGUACUCUUUCCCAGGACACUGUUCUGGACCUGGCUCUUUGUUGAGGUAGCUAACGUUAGCUGUGAGGAUGAAGUAUUUUAUCAGGAAGACCAGAGACUUCAGGGCUCAUUGUGCCAGACUGGGAUGUCUUUUUCUGCGUGAUCUUCAUCUCGUGCAUGCUCUGCUGGGCUUGGACCAACGACUUUACUAGAUUUAAACAUCACAGAUGAAAGGUUUUAAAUGACACCACCUUUCUUUAAUGGAUUUCCAACAAGGCAGCUCAAACUAACCUCUGCACUCGGCGACGCUCAGUAAAUCCAGGAUGGCGAGCAGGAGGAAGUCCACCAUUCCCUGCAUGGUCCCUCCUCAAGAUCCCAUAGACUCUGAUCAGGAGAUGGAGGACGGCAUGGACACGACAGAUCCAGAGGACAGCAACGGUUUGGCAACAGUUUCUUCUGAGGCUCUUGCAUUGUUUGAGGAACAAUCUGAGGAUUCUGACAUUGAGCAGUAUGGGGUGCCAGACCCCUACAUGGACAUAAACACGGAAAAGGGGGGCUAUGAGUGCAAAUACUGUAGCUUUCAGACUUCAGAGCUGAACCUGUUCACCAUGCAUGUGGACACGGAGCACCCUGAGGUCGUCAUUAAUGCCUCUUAUGUCUGCAUGGAGUGUGACUACCACACUAAAAGUUAUGACACGCUUCAGGCCCACAAUGCUCGGCUGCACCCGGGUGAGGACAACUUCACACGGACGAUGGUAAAGCGGAACAACGAGACCAUCUUCCAGCAGACGGUCAACGACCUCACCUUCGACGGCAGCUUCAUCAAGGAGGAGGAGGAGGAGGUGGAGGAGACGUCUCGCAAAGCCAUCCCCCUCAGCAAGACCCCCAUCAUGAGGAUCAAGAGCAGACCGGAGCCCAAGAAAUUCACCACAGCACAUAAAAUGACCGUCAACAACGUGAUUAAGGUGGAAAGUGACGACGAGGAUGACGAUAACCAAGAGCCUCCAAGGCUGUCACCUGCGCCCACGACCCCCUCCACCACUCGCCUCAUACCCAUCUCCACACCCGUGCAGGUCCAGACCGUUCCUCAAAACAUUGUGGUGAACAGUCCUAACAUGCUACAGAUUAAAGGCAGCUCAAGUGGUGGUGGGUCCGUUCUGCCCCCAGGGACACUGGCCCAAGUCCUGUCAGCCCUCCAGACCCAGCAGAACACUCAGACCCAGCUCCUGAUCCCCAUCAGCAGCAUCCCCACCUACAACACCGCCAUGGACAACAACGUCCUGCUCGUCAGCGCCUACAACAGGUUUCCAUAUCCGUCCGUGUCGGAGAUCAUCGGCUUGUCGUCGCAGACCAAGUUCAGCGAGGAGCAGAUCAAGGUCUGGUUUUCUGCUCAGAGGCUCAAACACGGAGUCAGCUGGACGCCAGAGGAGGUGGAGGAGGCGAGGAGGAAGAAAUUUAAUGGCACGGUCCAGACCGUCCCACAGACCAUCACCGUCAUCCCGGCCAAUAUCGGCGCCACCACAAACAGGCUACAGUCCAUCUUUCAGACGUGCCAGAUCGUCGGACAGCCGGGUCUCGUCCUCACUCAGGUGGCAGGAAACAGCAGCGCCGUACCAGUGGCAUCUCCCAUCACUUUGGCGGUGGCGGGGGUACCUGGGAACCAGCCCAAAGCUGCGGAACCUUCAGCUCCCGAACCAAACACCGAAAUCUCAGGUUCUUCAGCCAGCUCAUCUCUCAGUUUGGAUUCAGCAGCGGCAAAACCGAAGAAGUCCAAAGAGCAGCUGGCGGAGCUGAAGGCGAGCUACAGCAGGAGGCAGUUUGCUACGGAGGAGGAGAUCUCCCGCCUCAUGCAAGUCACCAAACUCUCCAAACGAGCAAUAAAGAAGUGGUUCAGCGACACACGCUACAACCAGAGGAACUCCAAGGACCACCACAGCCUGCUUCUGAGUGAAACUUCCUCCAGCAGAGCGGCUGUGUCGGGAGGACGAGGAGGACGGAGCAGCAGCCUGAGUGAAAACAUCACGAGCGAAACUCCCACCGCCAACACCACCACCAUCGUUAUAGACUCCAGCGACGACGCCAGCGACGCCUCCCCGAUUUCUGCCAAAGCUCCGAGCUCACUGGGCUCACCGAGCGACCCACGGGUCAAAUUUCGCCACGCCUUCCCCGACUUUACUCCGCAGAAGUUCAAGGAAAAGACGCCAGAGCAGCUGCACAUCCUGGAGGAAAGCUUCCAGAAGUCAGACAGGCCUUCGGACGAGGAGCUGAGCCGGCUGCGUGCCGAGACCAAGCUGACGAGACGAGAGGUGGACGCUUGGUUCACGGAAAGACGGAAAGCACCUUCAGCAGCACAGUCUCAAGACAGCGAUGGGGAGGGGGGUCUGGACAAGGUGACCUCACCUUUAUCCUUCGCUCAGGAGCGCCAGAGCACUCCGCCCGUCACCAGGAAGAUCCUGAAGAAGACUCCAGAACAGCUCCACAUUCUUAAGAAGGCCUUCAUCCGUUCGCAGUGGCCGACCCCGGAGGAGUACGAUCAGAUGGCUGAGGAGAGCGGCCUGCCGAGGACGUACGUCGUCAACUGGUUCGGAGACACGCGCUACGCCUGCAAAAACAGCAACCUGAAGUGGUACUACCUCUACCAGAGCGGAAAGGUGGAUGAAGCGCUGAACGGUGGAGCGAAGACUCAGAAGAAGCCCAGGAAACGUUGCCAUGGUUGGUCCAGGCGGUCACGCCGUCCGUCUAGCAGCAAACGCUCCCCACGUGGGGGAGGCAGCGUCAUUAAGGUGAAGUCUGGAAAGGUGUUUCUGAAGGAGUACUACCUCAAACACAGAGAGCUGAGCGAGAGAGACCUGGACGACCUGGUAGCAAAGUCCAACAUGAGCUACGAGCAGGUGAGAGACUGGUUCUCAGAGACAGCCAGACGGGUGGAGGAGGGCAAGGAGCCCUUCAGCGACGAGGAGGCCGAGGAGGACAACGAGGAGGAGGACGAAGAGGAGGAGGAGGCGAUGACGAUGACAGCUGAGUUACCAGACAGUGGAGGAGAAAUGGAGGUGAGAGAGCAAGGAGAGGUGGCUCCAAACGACAACUGCGUCGGGGAGGUAAAGGAGGAGGAGCCAGACGAGGAGGUGGAUGAUGCGAUGCAGGAGGAAUCUGAAGAUGGCGGCCAAUCACAGCCUCAGGCUGAGGAGCAGACAUGAGCAGACAGGUGAGGAACUUUCAUCUAUAAAAGGACAAAUAUUAGAAUCUCUUCGUUUUAUCUCUAAACUCCACGGUUUAAAGUCGACCCCUCCCCCUCGGAUGACUCAUGAUCCUAUCUCAGCUGGCGGGUCGGGACCCAGCGACGGACCUUGUGACGUUAAACUCUCGAGUUUGUGCCUUGGAGGAGAACUCUGGGCCACGAUCACCGAGCUGGAGGCGUUUAGAGACGCCUCGCCUGGUUUUAGUUUGGGACCACGUAAAUGAACAGGAUGAGGCAAAGAUCCCACACCCCUUAAGGCUUUUUAUUUUCUGUGCGGAGGACUCGGGCUUUUAUUCUGCCCUGUUUUUACAAAAAUCAACCAAAUGUUUCUAAAAGACAAAAAAUAGAGACAUCUCUUUUUGCUGAGUCAUGAAAGAACUACGAGAACUCAAACCCGACGUUUAAGAAAACCACCGUGUCCGGUUUUUAAAGCCUCACCGUUUCUGUGAAUAAGCAACACAAAUCAGUGCCAUUCUGUUUAUAUCAGUUUGUUUUAAACAAGAGAAAUGGAUUUCAGUCUUUUUAUUUUUUUUUAAACUUUAUUUGUAUUUUAGUUUUUGAGUGAUUUUUAUCGUAAACAUUUAUAAUAAAUCAAAAAGAAUAAUCAACUACUGUUAAUAUAAUCAGGGGUUUGGGUCCACUCU